AUGGCUGUACCUAUUACGAACGCCAUUCAGCUGAUGCAUCCAGGAUUUCACAAGAAGACUCCAGCAGCUGUAUACACAGAGUAUCAAGUGGUGUCCAAAACCUGCGGUGAACCAACCAGCUGCCAGCCGGCCCACUGUGAGACCGGCAACCUUGAAACCUCUUGCGGUUCUUCCACUGCCUACUACGUGCCCAGGCCCUGCCAAGGAAGCAGUUUUCUUCCUGCUGCUUCUUUCAUCUCCAGCUCCUGCCUUCCACUAUCCUGUAGACCACAGAGCUACGUGUCCAGUGGCUAUCGUCCACUGAGGCUGCAGCUCAAUAGUUACCAGCCCAUAGGAGGCUGUGUGCCCAGUGGCUGUCGCCCCCAAUCCUGCUUCUCCAACAGUUGCCAGCCCCAAAACCUCACUUCUGGAUGCCGACCCUCGAGUUGCUUGGCCUAUGGUCCUCAAACUGUUCACGUUGUGUCCAGCAGCCUCAGACCUCUGAGGCCUCUGUUCAGUGGUUGCCAACCUCUGACCCAUGUGAUCAACACGUGUCGUCCAUCUUGCUCUGGACUGUGAAACCAGUAGCUUCUUUGUUCCGGUGAAUAAUCACUCUGAGGAUCCAAAACAAAAAUUCAAACUCCAUGGACUUUUGCUUCUUUGCUAGUAGCAACUGUUGUUUCUUAGUUUUACUGUGCCUGAUCUAAUGCAAGAUGCUUCUGUCACAAGUUUUAUCUUGCUUUCUUCUUUCCUUGACAUAAAAAAAAAUUAGUUUACAAUGCUAUUCAAUGUUGCUCUGUUGUGGGAAGAAUGUAUUUGAUUUGCACUAUAAUAAAUGCGAUUAAAUCC